AAAGUGAACACGACGAUUAGGGACACAAAGAAAGAGUUCAACAUGGGCAAGGAGGCGCAGACGGCGGCCGACAUCCGCAAGAAACUUGUGGUGGUCGGGGACGGAGCGUGCGGGAAGACAUGUCUCCUGAUCCUCUUCAGCAAGGACGAGUUUCCGGAAGUGUACGUCCCCACCGUUUUCGAGACGUACGUGGCGGACAUCGAGGUGGACAACAAGCAAGUCCAGCUGGCCUUGUGGGACACCGCCGGUCAGGAGGACUACGACCGCCUACGCCCUCUCUCCUACCCGGACACGGAUGUCAUUCUAAUGUGCUUCUCCGUGGACAGCCCGGAUUCGUUGGAAAACAUCCCGGAAAAGUGGGUCCCCGAGGUGAAGCACUUCUGCCCCAACGUUCCUAUCAUUCUGGUGGCGAACAAGAAGGAUCUGCGUAACGACGAGCACGUCAAGAACGAGCUGUCCCGGUUGAAGCUGGAGCCGGUGCGGCCUGAGGACGGCCGCGCCAUGGCGGCGCGUAUCGGUGCUUAUGACUAUUUGGAGUGCUCCGCCAAGACGAAAGAGGGCAUUUGGGAGGUGUUCGAAACCGCCACACGGGCAGCCCUACAGAAAAAAAAGUCCCAAAAGGCUGGUUGUCUACAAUGUUGCGUUUUGAUGUGACUCUUUCCACCAAAUACCCGCCUCGCCAAGGCCUAGUCAGGCAGUGUUUUGGACACAUAUGAUCCUCGUCUGAUUUGUUUUUGGACAUUGAAUCGGACUCAUGAUUGUGACUGUCUCAAAACAUAUCUUUUGCCUUAAAACUUCCCAGUCUAGAGACUGCAUUUAGACCACUGCCUUUCUGCCAUUUUUAAAGCAGUAACUUUUGCACUUGUUAUUUAUGUCCAUUGGGUAAGUUAAGGCAGUUGGGAGGUGUUGUUACCCAAUGGAGUUUGGCACAAAAACAUGCCACCAGCACAUAUUUCUGUGAUGGACUAUGGUGAAAAAUGACACUUAAGCAAUUAAUUGAUUAUUUAUAUUCAUUUUUUAAGGCCACGAUAUUUGUAUUGCAAAAAUCAUUUGUGGUUUGUCUUUUUUUUCUUACCGUAUACCUAUCACCUUUUUAAAAGUUACAUCUUUUGCUUUGCAGGUACUGUUUUCCUUCCUCUGCCUGACAUCACAUUUUAUCUGCGAACACGUGGCUUGCACUUGCAUGUAACUUACUUGAGUAUGAGGUGAGUUAAACAGUAUUUCAUCAAAAAUAAGAAGGCUGAUUUUUGCUGUCUGCAGCCGAUUAGUGUGCAACAAUCAGGCUCAAUUAAAAAUCAGUGAUCGAUGAUGCCCAUUGGAUGAAUGAAAUUCAGUUUACAAAUGUACAGUAUGUGUUUCUAUCCCUUGACUUUAAAUGUCAAUUUAUCAGUGAAAUUAGGCUACAAAAACCUUAUUUUGCAGCUCAGUGCCAAUUUUGAAUAAUAUAGAGGUAUAUAUUUCCAUCUUAAUCAGGUACAUUUAAGCACAUAAUCGUUGUCACUGGUAACCUGUGAGGUGUUUUGGGAGGAAGCGGAAGAGAUUCAGUGUCGAAUCUUAAGUUGUAUAGUACAAGGGAUUUUAAUGUAAUGGCGAGAAUACAAGACGACUUUAUCCUGGGCAAUAUGGUAUGCUCUGUCACAGUCAAUCACUUAUGUGGAAUUAAGCCAUUUGAUGGCUAUCAUGACAUUAGACCCAGAUUGUUUAGUAGGGGUGUUGGUUAUCAACAUGAAGUAACUUGUUAAAGGUAUACCUGGUGUAAAACCACCAAACUGUCAGCACAAUGACUGUGAAUGUAUUGCCUCAUUUUGGAAAGAAAAAACAAUCUGAUGUGCUCACUGUGCCUUUACCUGACAAAGGGGUGCUUCUGUCUUUAAUUUUUUUAAAAGAGAGUAUUAAAACCCAAUACUGCCUAUAGAAAUCAUUGUCAAAUUAAUGUUUGGAAGAGUAUCUUUCAAAAUUACAAUGAUGUAAAAGGCACAUUCCUCCCUGCCAUUCGUUGCCGGGCUUUUUUUUUUUUUUGCUGACUUCCAGGACAGGAAUGCAUUGUGCUGGACCGCCUGAUUAUUCCCACACUGGCUCCCCUCUUGUGUCCCUAAUUGUCAGUAUAUUUAAAUUGAUGGGUCUUACUCAGAUGGUGUACUUUUCUACAAUGUGCUGAGAAAAUGUGCUGAAUGUGCCAACUAAUCUAUUAGUGGUAUAGGCCACCAAUGUAUGUUACAUUGAUGUUUCAUAAUGCAUAUAUUUUUAAUGGAAUAUUGGGAGCAGCUUGUUUUUUGUCAACAAAGAUACAGAACCUUUUUUGGAUGAAAUUAAUAAUAAAAAAAAAUGACGUCAA